AUGGAUGAUGUUGAUUGGAAUAAGUACGGUCAAUGGACAAAGGUCUUUACAUCUGAUAAUGAUCUAUUGAAUGACAACCUCGAGGAGAGCUAUAAGCGAUUCUCAGAACACUUUCUUGACUCCACAGAAAAGUUCGGGGCACGACGGGCAGGCGGUAAGAUGAACAAUCUUACUGCCCCUCCAGCUCCGUGGUGGAAUACUGAAUGUCGGAGUGCUCUAGCUGAGAGGAAGGCUGGCUUUGCAAAAAUAAAGUUCAACCCUUCGCCUCAUAACCUAGAAGCUUACAAAAGCAACCAAAUGGAUUCCUCCAAAAUGUGGAAAAUAAUCAAAGCCUUCAAAUUCAGAUCGUUAGUAAGCAUAUCUGCGGAUCAAGGUGCUCACUAUCCCUCGGCUCUAGAUUUCAUAGAUAAAAUUGCUCCUCCGAUGAUCCACAUUCCUCCUCCUCUUAGCUCAUUUUUUGGUCCUCCAAUAGAACUAUUCUCGGAUAUUAGCCUCGAGGAAGUAGUCUCGGCUGUAAACAACAUCAAGAUUAAAUCUGCUGCAGGCCCGGACUUCAUUAACAAUAAUAUGAUAAAACACCGACCUAUAGAAUCUCUUGAAAUUCUCCGGGACCUCUUUGGAAGAUUCUUCAUGGCGGGCACUGUACCAGACGACUGGAAGAAGUUCAACAUUGUUUUACUACCUAAACCUAAAGGUGAUGGAUUCAGGCCAAUUGCUCUCUCCUCUUGCAUUCUGAAGAUAUUUGAAAGAAUUAUUUUAACUAAAAUUGAAUGGUGGAUUAAAAACAACCGGAUCAUCCCCAACUGCCAGUUUGGCUUCAGAAAGAACAGAUCAUGCUCGGACAAUCUGGCCAUCCUAUGUUCGGACAAUAGCCUCUCCUUUGUUAGAGGUGAAUCACUUGGAGCGGUAUUUUUAGACCUAGCUGGAGCAUACGAUAACGUUCUUCUUUAUAUACUUACUCAGGAACUAAUUGACAUCGGUCUCCCAUCCAAUAUAGUGUUUUGCAUUGCCUCAAUCCUCACCACGCGGACUGCAGACUUCUUCCAUGGAUCAUCCCUCAUAGGUUCCAGAAUAAUGGAGAUAAGUCUUCCCCAAGAAAACGAUGACCAUGCACAAGUGAAAGCGAAGAAAGACACUGCCGCCUAUAAAGCCGCGAACUCAAAGAACCUGAAGGAGAUUAUGAGCUUAGCUGACUUACCGCCCUCACCAUUAUCGACAAAGAGCAGUGACGAAAAUUAUU